AUGAGUUCCUCCGAUGAGGUGUCUGUUUCGGGGGCCGCUUUCGGCCUGGAGGGCGGGGAGCGGGCCAGCGUCUGCCCGGCCAGCCCCGGAGCGCGGGGCCCCGGCCUAGACCUCGAUCUGGGGGCGCCGCGGGGCGGCGAGGGCCAGGGCGAGGGCGAGGGCGAGGGCGCCCUUGCAGACCCCGAGGGCUUCGAGGCUGAACGGGAAGUGAUAGAGGGGGGAGGGGCCGAGCUCUGGGGCCGGGAAGGCCGGCCCGGCACCACGACUGACCAGAUGUGGGAAGAACCGGACUACGAGUCCCUCCUGGCUGACGAGUCUGUGGCCAUCGUGCAGCCGCUGAGCGACUGGGCUGUCCGGGGCGUCGGCACACACCCGUCCUCAGAAGGAUGGGACGCCCAAGUGUCCACAGUGUGGCCGGACCUACAAGCAGGUCCCACUGGUAGAGGCGCGCUGGCCCCGUCUGCCGCCCCUCUCCCCCUCCUCGUGCCCCGGAAAGUCCGGGCCCGCGGGUACCCGAAAAGAGGCGCUAAAAGUAGGCCGACCGUGGGCGGCAGGGAUCCCCAGCGGCCCUCCGAGCAAGGCCUGGUCGAGCUGCCUUCCGACCCCGAGUCACCAGAUGAGUUCAGCGAGGUACCGAUGAGGGUGAGCAUUUACCCCAAAGGAGGAGACCAUGGAGUGCCCGGCAGCCCCGAGCAACCUGGGGACACACUCAGACACUCGAUUUUGCUUGUCAGGGAGGAUUUCCUUCCCAUGCCAGGCCCUUUCGUGACCUCUGCUCCCCAAGGACUCACUUCAGGCACGGAAAGGCAGGCCGUGGGAGAGCUGCACAGCUCUUCCUCUAACCUGCCCCAGGCUGCUCCUAGGAAGAAGGUGGCGCAGGAGAAGAUGGGCCCAGGGGCUGCCUCAGACUUGGCCCUGGGGGGAGCCUUUCCUCCAUGGGGGCGGAGACUCUCUGCAGUUGCCCUGGAACCGGCCACCUUUCCCCCAGUCGUGGGUGUUCCACUGCUUGGAACGGCCCAAAGAUGUUCGUUGCUCUCAUCUGGACCAAAACAGUCCAAGCCCAGCAGCACUGGGAAGAAAUCUGUGCCUAGGAAGGCAAAGGAACCCCAGCCGGUGGCCAGAGAUGCUGAUGACCCAAAUAGCGAUCCAGUCCCAAAGGCCCAAAUGACUAGGCCAUCCUCCUCCUGUCUCCCCACACUUCCCCUCCCCGGCACACGCAUCUUUACUCUGUCCCUUGCUCAAGGCCUGUCCUUGGGUGUCCUUCCAAGGCCCAGGUCAGGGCAGACUUCCCUGCACAUGCAUCGUGGAGAAUUCAGCAGUGACGACCCCAACACCAGAGCCCCUCAAGCUCCAGGAAACUCACAGGCCACUGCCCUGAGCCAGGGAGGCGUCACGCCCAGAGGCCCUGCACCCUCCAGUGAUCAGGAGCCACCUGUCCAUGCCCCAAGACCGGAAAGGCAGCAGGAACCACCGGGAGCACAGGACUGUCCUGAGUGUGCCGAGCUGGAGAGAGAGAUAGACGACCUUAAAGAGCGACUAGCGGCCAUGGAGAGCAUCCUUGAAAAGUUCCAGGCCAUCUGAAGUGAGAGAGCUGAACCCAGCAUCUUUCUACCA